AUGCGGGACUGGUUAAACUCUCCAUCAGGUAUUCCUCAUGCCAUCAACACUCCUCGAUAUAGAAAUGAAAGAGAGUUGCGUCAGCACGUGAGCAGAAGUGACUUGUUAGAUUUAUGCAGGCAAUUGGGUGUAGAGUAUAGAACGUAUGAACAAACAAUCAACGGUAUACUGCUCACAAAUGUAAAGAAAAAGUUUACAACAAUCAACAAAACAAAGACAAAGGAUGAACACAACUCUAUGAAUGAUUACAAUAGAGGUGCAUUAGAGUAUACUCUACCGUGGUCAAUCAUACAACGUAUAUUGACAUAUGCUUCUCAAUACAACUCGAGAUGUACUUGUGUCAUGGUUGAUAGAGAUACUUUAAAGAGAAAUGAUUCUCAAACAAGACAGAAACUCAUUUUGGAUCGAUUAGUUCAAGAUAAAUGUGAUCCUCAAUUCCAAACUAUACUUCAUACCUCUAUGAUGCUACAAAAUGAAAUGAAGAAACGUUCACUCACUAGAGAUCAACUAUGUCCUCUUCAUCAAUUCGAUCAUGAUCAAGGAUUCAAACCAAACAUUGAACUUGAAGGAAUAUCUUGUCAAGUAUCACGAGAGGAUUGUAGAUGGAUGCGUAGUAUGGCAUUGCUAAGCAAGAGAGUAUUUGCAUUUAUAUCAACCACACUCUUUACCAACAUUGUAAUGGAUCCAACAGCCGACACGUGGAGUCAUAUCACCAACAACUAUUGUAUCAUCAAACAACCAAAGAUAUUGACAUAUGUCUCUCCAUCAUCUGACACUCAACUCUUCUUACAAACAAAUCACAGUCCUCUUCAUCCUUCCAAUUUCUAA